AGAGCAGGCGGGGGGGGGGGGGAGGAGAGAAAGGUGGGAGAAAGAGAGCAGGAAAGGAAGGCUCCACUAUAAUUGGCUCCAAUACAUGCAUCCAAUUCCAUGCCCGCAUCGGGACGCCCACUGCCUCUUUCCUGAAUCCCAAGACAUCACUUUGUUGCGGUUAUUAUUGCGCAAUUAUAUGCUGCAAAAGGGGCUUCCUUUCUUCGCCUUGGCAUUGGAGAGAGGAGCGCCGGAGGCCGUAUCUUCUUAGGGUGCCUCUUCCCUCUCUGGAGAAGCAUAGCACGAAGAGUGCACAGAUUGGCGAGGUUCUUGCUCUUUCUCUGGUCUAGGUUUUUGUCUUCCUAGGUUUUCCUUUUGAUUUAAGGAGGGUGUGUGAUGGAAAUUAGGGUUUUCUGUUGCUCAAUUUGGCGUCCGGAUUUCUUUGAACUAUAAAAGAUUGUUUCUUGAACCGAGUUUCGUGGGGUUUUGGAUGAUUAUUAUUGUGACUCCAUUACGGACUGUAAUUGCGUAUUGCGCUAAUUUAUUGGCUUCACCCAGGAAAGAAAAGACGAGAUCUCAUGGUGGGAGGAUCGAAUAAUUAUCAAUUUCUAAGCAGUUUCAGCUGUUCUUGAGAUGAGCCCAGUGUUCUGCGCACUCUGGCUAUCAAAUUACUCUGGGUUUCCCACUGUUUCACUGUAAUGUAUUAUAUUUUUUGUGGUAGAAACAGUUUGAGGAUGUUGAACUUUUGUGUUUGAGGGGGGCAGUUUCAAAGGUUCUGGCUUUGCAGUAGUUGAGUGUUUUUGAUAGAUUAGUGCUUCAGAGAGAGCUUCGGUAUAAUGAGAAUGGCGGCAGAUAAUAACAUCAAUUUCCCUUAUGAGGCAGUGCUUCAACAAUCUUUUCGCAAUCAACAUGUUUCUUUUCAGCCAGGUUCCGAAAACAGUGCAACUGGGUUUUCUCCCGGUGGCAUGGACAGCUCAGGUGGAAUAAAUGGAUCAACAAGGAUGAUAGUGACUGGGAACUCCCCAGUGUUGAACAAUAUUUCUGUCAUGUUUUCGACCAGCAGUUCUCCAGCAAAUGUCCUCCUUGAUCCAGUUAAGCAUUCUACGGCGUUCUCGGUCGAUUGGACGUUUGAGGAAUUGGAAGUGUUGAAGCAAGGCCUUGUCACAUAUUCUAGUGAACCUAAUAUGAUGAGGUAUAUCAAGAUAGCAGCCAAGCUUCCUGACAAGACUGUCAGGGAUGUUGCAAUGAGGUGCCGCUGGAUGACUAAGAAGGAGAAAGGUAAACGGCGUAAGCCUGAAGACUAUUAUGCUGGAAAGAAAAUUAAAGACAUGAAGGAGAAGAUGAUAGGUUCUUCCUCGAUGGCUAAUGCACACUGUAAUCAGCCAGAGAUUGCAGAUGCCUAUUCAUUCAGAAUGCACGAUGGGAACCACAUUACUCAGUUCUUAUGUGAAGCACCUGUGAUUGACAACAGAACGCAGCAACUUCUGGAUGACAAUGCCAAACUUUUUCAUCAGAUUGCAAUUAAUCUUGAAAAUAAUGAGAUACAAAAUAAUAUUGAUCUCUUGUAUCACUCAAAUGAGAACCUAAGAGCCAUUUUGAAUAGCAUGAGUGGAAUGCCCGGUAUCAUGAGUCAGAUGCCUCCAAUGCCUGUGCAUGUCAAUGAGAAUCUUAUGCAUUCCAUAUUGCCCGGUACCAGCCAGGCGCAUGCACCUGGCAACAGUAAUUUUCGGGAGGAGCCGAGAUGCUGGUAAUUCUCAUGCAAAUCCAACAGUGGUGGUUGAAGUCGUCUCGUCUGAGUACCACAUUCCUUUCAAGCAAAGUUCUCGAAGAUCUCAUGCCAUAAUCAGGCCAAUCAAGCGCAAUGCAAUAAUAAUCUCUGCGCCCGAAACUGUAUCUCGAACUUGAACUUUGGUUGAGGUUGCCUGCUUUGCAUAUGCUUGAUAGAGGGGAAGUUUGGCGCAUGUCAACGCUAUCAGGCACUCGUAGCUUAGUGAUUCUUUUGCUUUGCUACCAUGUCCUUUUCCUCGGGAGCAUUUUGUAAUGACAAGUUUUAGUGGUAGAGAGAAUAAAUUGCUCUUUGUAGUGUUGUAUUAAAUGUACAUUUAAAGGAAGAGACCGACUUAGUUGUAUCACUAUUCACUGAUGAAGUUAUUUGAUCCUUCCACUGCUGCUGGUUCUUAUUU